AUGGCGGCCUCCAGUAAGAAAACGAAACGUCUGUCAAAAUUUACUGUUGACUUCUUAAAUGAACACUUUUCUGAAGAUGUCAAGUCACUUUCUAGCGUCAAAGACAUAUUUAACAAAAUGAAAGAAUCGAAAGAGAGUUUGGAAAGCCAGUUGUCUUUAGCCAGUAGUGAAAUUCCAAGUGAAGUCGAUUUAGCAGUUAGCAAUGUAGAGACUGCCCAGAUAGCUAUACGCCGACUUCAAGAUGAGAAAGAAAGCCUGCACCAUAAAGUCAAGGACCAAAGCCACAACCUCCAGCCAAUUGUCAGCGAUGUCACUUCACUAAUAGAACAGGUCCAGCACCUCCAGAAAUACAUUAAAUACCUCUCCUUCAUUACCAAAGUAGAGCACCUAAGCUCAGAUAUACAAACCAGUCUUCUUACAGAUGGCUUCGAGACAUCUGUAGAAAGUUUUCAUGAUCUGAAGAGAGUUUAUACAGAUCUUCAGGAAACAGAGUGUAAACAUCUACUCAAGUUUACUAGUGAUACCAUUAAUUUCUGGCACAAGAUUCUGAAGAACAAUUUAGCAAGUCAGUUUGAGGAUGUGUUGAAGAGUCUUGGUUGGCCAUUUGUGGGAACGUCCCUAAAGACACCUCCCUCACAGAGUCCUGAGUUGCGUACCCACAUGGAGACAUUGUUUUCACAACUUCUCUUCAUACAGUUGCCAGAUGGGUUGAGAGUUCCUGCCCAACAGUCAGAGGAAAGGAUAGACACAAAGCCCCUCCUGCUGCCUCUACAAAUCAUGGUCAAAUCUUUCCGUAAGCGAUUUAGAUUCCAUUUCUAUGGAAACCGACAGACAAACAACAUUGAUAAGCCUGAAUGGUAUUUUGCACAAGUGUUGGGUUGGAUCCGUGACCACACACAUUUCCUUGACCAGAGGGUGCAGCCAAUUCUGUCCAAGACAGGCCACGAGACCGUCAUUGCAAAGGUGGAAUUCAUGAGAGGGAUGGUUUCAAUGGUUACGGAGAAGAUGACUAACGACUUACCUGAGACCAUGUAUGAUGAACACAUUUUCUCACAUCUGGUGGAUGAGGCAAUUUUAUUUGACAGAGAACUAAAAGAUGGUUACAGCUAUCCCCCUGGACUUCCUUGCUGCCUUAGUGUUCUUACCCUCCCCCGUGCCUUCCACAAGUGGAUGAUGGUAGAAAAACAGUUUGCUGGAGCUAAGAUGGACAUAAUGCUUUCUUCACCGUCGGCUUGGCAAUCCCAGUACAAAGACAUAGCAGAUGUUGAUGAACUGAAAGUGCCAGAAUGCGGAGAAAGCUUCAUUACACUCAUGUUGACAAUUACAGAUCGUUACAAAGGUUUGCCCUCUGUCAUCCACAAAGUGCGUUUCUUGAAGUUACAGCUCCACCUCCUGGAAGAUUUCAGAAUUCGUCUUGUACAGGUGAUGCAAGGUGUCAUCCAUGAUCCACUGUCUGACAUUUUCUGUGCCAUUAUCAAUGCUGUCUUCUAUGUGAUGGAAGUGCUACAGGAGUGGUGUAAUCUACCAUUUUUCCUACAACUUCAGUACCAACAUCUGACAAUAGAACCUGAGGACACAUCAACACAACCGCCCACCUUGUUGUCAAGUCCUACCACGCUCUCCAGUCCGGUAACCAUGUCCAGUCCUACAUCAGUAUCAAGUCCAUCCAUAAUGACCUCCGCAUCCAGUCCUGUGUCUGACCUCACUCUGUAUGAAGGUUUGGAGGAUGUAGCUGAAGAGUUGGAAACUAGUAUGUUUGAGGAGACUAUAGACACGUACAACCAACUCAAGACAGAGAUGUUAAAGAACAUUGUCAAAUGUAUAGUAUUGGAUGUACAAUCACGAAGUCAGGCAUAUAGAAAAGACAAAUGGCUUUUGCUGCCAAGUUAUAAAGAAACAACGAAUCUCACGCUGUCGUCCUCAGCCUGCGAGAUGUUACUGGUAUUGAAGGAUCACCUGACACACAUACAGACUCAACUCAGUAAACCACUCUUCACGCUGGCAUGGCAACGCUUGGCGGAGAAGCUAGACAAGUUUAUAUUAGAAGAGGUAAUACUGCAAAACAGAUUUAACGAUGGAGGCGCCUCGCAACUGGAGUUUGAUAUGACCAGAAACUUAUUUCCACUGUUUGGAGAAUUUACCAACAAACCAGAGAAUUACUUCAGACAGGUCAAUGAAGCUAUAAAGCUUCUUACUAUGGAGACUGGAACAUCUCUACUGAUGAAAGAACUGAUGACUCAUGAGAGCAGUCCCACACCAGGGAAGGACUCCAGUCUAUAUAACGCAUUACAUGAAGUCGGAAUAUUUAAGUUGACAUCACAAACAUGUAGAGUUUUAUUGGACAUCAAAGUGAAUGCAUGAUUUGACAAACAAAUCUGAUGUUGACUGGAGUUGUCUCCUCCAUCACUUUAAAGUAGAGAAAGAAAAAGUUUAAUAUUGGAAAGAGUAUUGAUCUAUUCAUCAUUUUCUCCUGCGUACUAUUCCAUGUCCUGGUAAUUACCAGUGAGUUGUUAUGUUUUGAUACUACUGAAGUAGGAUGCUGAAGGACAUAUAGAUUGUGGAAGUAAUAAUCUUAAAUGAGUUAAGGAACCAUGGUCAUUUUCCCUUAUCAUGGUCAGAAUAGACCAUUGUGUAUUUAUUGAUGAAAUAAGGACUAACUUAUUGAUAUUACUUCACUAUUAAAGGGAUAUUCUGCACAAGUUAUGAUUUCAUAGAUGUUUUUGAGGAAAACUGCUCAAAAUCAUCUACAUAUCUUCUUAUUGAAAUGAUGUACUUCAGUUUACUAUUUAAAUAAUCAUACAGUCAAACCAUGUUAUCUCAAAGUUUUACCAGGAUAAUGAGGUUCAACUAUACAUUUAAUUUGCGGAAAUGCUUUAUAGACUUAACUAAAUGGAUUUACAAACUUUUUGUGCGGCCCUGUUGGCGUCAUAACAAGUUUUCAUUAUUUGCCAAACAAAAUUAAAUAUAUGUGUAAAUUAUAAGAAAAUCAAUAGAAAAUAAGCCUGAUGAAGCUGAAAACCUAGCAGAAGUUUUAGAGAACAGCAUCAUACUUGUGUAUUUAUCCAAAAUAUGUGAUCCAGUGAUCCUUCAGUUCCUGAUUUCUUACAUAGAGGGUAAAAUUUAUAUUGGCUAGCACUUUUCCCACCAAUUUCGCCUGUCAAAACUGAACACAGGAGACAUUUUGAUGCUUAUAACAGUUUUAAAAGUCAUUGGCACGAGUUCUUUAAAGAUACAGAACAGCCAAAAAUUUAGCAAGUUUGGCAGAAUAUCCCUUUAAGCCUUCAGAAAGGGUAACCUAGGGACACUAUAAGAAGAUGUAAUUGAUUUCUUAAUGGCUGUGAUUCUAAAUAGUGCAAUAGUUUUGCGUUUGUUUAUAAAGUUUUAGUUUAAAAACAUAUCUCAAUAUAUAACUGAUAUACAAAGAGUGAGGACAGGAAACAUAGUAGGUAGUACGUUAGUUCUAAACAACAUAUCUGCUUGAUGUACUAUAAAAUAACAAACCAAUCAUUAGGAAGUGUUCCAUGUUGAUUUACACAAAAUUGUAACACUUAACUUCUUGCUCUUACCUGGGCUGAAGUGAUUCUGUGUACAGUAAUUGUAAUACCAUGUUUGGGAAACAGCAUCCUCGAUAAUCCAGGGGUUACAAUCACUUUUGCUUGCUGCAGCCCUAGAACAUGUCAUGUCAAAAUUGAAAGAUUCAUGUGCGACACCUCGUGGACAAGACAAAAAGAUUAGUGUGAUCCUUUGAUGUCAAACAAAUCUUGUGGUUGCAUAAAUGGUUUAUUGUACUGGCUUUGAAGUUGGGUGUCGCUCCUUCAUAAUCUUCAAAAGGAGCGUAUCAGCCUGUGACUGGUAGUUGUUUUUCUCUCUUGAAACCAAUCAAGUUACUUCGCUUGUGCCUUUCAAUUUUGCUCCGAUUCUAAUACAUCCCUCUGGCUAAUUUAGUCUUGCACUCUAGUGAUUGAGGUAAAGAGAAGUCCUUUGUAACCAAGCAGUAUAUUCCUUCUAGUAGUUACUAGAGCUACAGUUGGUAUCCUAUGGGAUCAGUUUCAACUAAAUUGUAUGUGAACAAAUUUGGGGGAUAACAAAGCUACAUGCAUUUUAGGUUUAUUUUGCCAUGUCAGUCUACGUCAGAAUAGGUUUUUUUACAUUAUGUGUUCAAUGUAAAUCCAAAUAGUGCUAUAUAAACUUUUUAACAAGAUCUUUUUCUGUACCAAAGACUUAGAAGUGCUGCUGAUUUUACUUGGAUACUGUUAUACUGGAAAUGAAAAAUUAGUUCCUGCAAUACAGGUAAAGAAUAAUUUGUUAUACUAGGGGCAUUACUGUGCUUGAUAAUACAUUACAGAUGUCAUUUUAAUGGCUCUUCUUUGCAUCAUAACCAUUGUCAUAUUAUUUAGUCUGAUCUCUUUCCACCUUUUAAUGAGAAACUGUUUUUCCAAUCUCCAUAUUUCAAGAUAUGCCCCCCCCCCUCCCCAAAAAAUAAUACAACUGUUCAAAAAAUAUAUCAGUGUUUUUAUGUCUUGUUUUCAUUACAUGUAUGUGGUGUAGGGAGUUUAAAAGGUGCUUUAUGUGAUAUUGAAAUCAAUAAAUACCGUUUUUAAUUAUUCAGUGUCAAAUGAUCUAAAUAAAUGAAUAUAUUUUAAUUGUCAUAA